AUGAGUGAAUCUCGAGAAAUUGAACUUCAUACCAUUGAUUGUGAAGAGGAAGAUAUAAUUACGACCGCAGUUGAUGAUGGAAGCAACAAUGAAACAAGAAAUGAAUCAGCAGAAGAUAAACCCUUUCAACAAUUUUUCCGAAGGGUGCCUGCAAAUCAGGUAGUUGAAGAGCUAUUUCUAUUGGGGAAAAUUGCAUGUCCUAUGGCACUAACAACAAUGCUUUAUUAUUCAAAAACUAUAAUUUCAAUGCUUUUCUUGGGCCAUAUGGAGAAACCUGAAUUGGCUGGUGGCUCUUUAGCAGUAGGGUUUGCAAAUAUUACAGGAUAUUCAGUAAUGAAAGGCCUUUGCACAGGAAUGGAUCCCAUCUGUUGCCAAGCAUUUGGGGCUAGAAGAUGGUCUAUUCUUAGCCAAACUUAUAUGAAAACUGUCCUCCUCCUCCUCCUUGCAUCCAUCCCUGUGGCGGUCCUAUGGUUAAACGGCGAACUAGUUUUCCAACGCCUCGGUCAGGAUCGAGUCAUAAGCAAAAUAGCCAAAAAUUACUUGAUUUUUAACCUUCCUGAACUAUUAGCACAUGCUUUUCUUGUUCCUCUUAGGACAUUUUUAAGGACUCAGGGGUUGAAUUCGCCGAAUACUAUGGUGGCUGCUUGUGUUUCAAUCUUGCACCUGCCUAUUACAUAUUUUCUUGUAACAUAUAUGAAUUUAAGAGUUAAAGGUCUUGCCAUGGCUUCUGUUAUAUAUUCCAUUAACAAUAAUAUGGGAUUAUUCAUUUACUUGUUUUUCUCAAAAGAGGCUAUAAGACCUUGGGCUGGUGCAACACUGGCCUCGAUUUUCCGCGGAUGGGGGCCAUUGUUGGGACUAGCACUGCCAAGUGUAGUUCAAGUAUGUCUCGAAUGGUGGUGGUACGAAAUUAUUCUCUUCCUCAGUGGAUUAUUAAACAAUCCAGAAUCAUGCGUAGCAGCCAUGGGAGUCUUGAUUCAAACAACAGGAACAGUUUAUGUUUUUCCAUUUGCAAUCAGUUUGAGUAUAUCUCAACGCGUUGGCCAUGCCUUGGGUGCCGGAGAGCCUGCUCGCGCACAAUUAGCCACCAUUAUUGGAAUCUUUUUAGGACUGUGUUAUGGGAUUUCAGCCUUUGGUUUGAGUAUAGCCCUCAAGAAUUGGUGGGGAAAAUUGUACACAAGUGACCCUCAAGUUCUUGCUCUAAUCUCAGCAGCCCUUCCAAUUCUGGGAUUGGCUGAAAUUGGAAAUGCUCCCCAGACAGCUGCCUGCGGUGCCCUUACAGGUUCUGCACAGCCUAAAAUCGGGGUACGGAUAAACCUUGCAGCAUUUUACCUGGUGGGAUUGCCAUCUUCAGCUCUAUUUGCGUUCAAAUUGAAAAUUGGAUUUCAGGGACUAUGGUUGGGAUUAGUGGCAGCUCAAGUUUCAUGCUUAAUCAUGAUGUUGUUUACUUUAGCUCAAACAGAUUGGAAACAACAGGCUAAGAGGGCUGAGGAGCUGACAAUGGUUGCUGAGGAAAAGGAUGAAGAUGCAGGAACCAAUCUUGUCCCUUGA